UUCUCUCUUUCUCUAGCACUCGUUCACCACCAUUUUUGCUCCAUAAAACAACCCCAUUUGCCAUCCAAACAAGUCCAGCCUUGUCAUGGGCGUGGACAUGUCGAACAAUCCACCCACUUCUCGUACCAAAGACUUCUUUGUCUCUCCAGCCCUUUCUCUUAGCCUUGCUGGGAUUUUUCGCGAUGCCGGGGCAGCAGCAGCGAGCGUGGAUGUGGAGGAGGGGGAUGAGGGAAGCGGAGGCGGCGGCCAGAGAGAAGACACGGCAGAGAUUAGCAGUGAGAACUCGGGGCCCUUGAGAUCAAGAUCCGAGGAUGAUUUAGAUGGCGAAGGAGAGCAAGAUGAUGACGGUGAUGGGGACAAAAACAAAAAGAAGAAGAGAAAGAAGUAUCAUAGGCACACAGCUGAGCAAAUCAGAGAAAUGGAAGCGCUAUUCAAAGAGUCACCCCACCCAGAUGAGAAGCAGAGGCAACAGCUUAGCAAGCAAUUAGGCCUUGCUCCUAGGCAAGUCAAGUUUUGGUUUCAAAAUCGUCGAACUCAAAUCAAGGCUAUUCAAGAGCGCCAUGAAAAUUCUUUAUUGAAAUCGGAAAUGGAUAAACUUCGAGAUGAAAACAAAGCCAUGAGGGAGCAAAUAAACAAAGCUUGUUGCCCCAACUGCGGCACGGCAACCACAAGCCGAGAUGCAUCAGUGACUACGGAGGAACAGCAGCUAAGAAUCGAAAAUGCCAGACUCAAGGCCGAGGUAGAAAAACUCCGAGCAGCUCUAGGAAAAUACCCUCCGGGAGCAACCUCGCCUUCAUGCUCAUCAACUGGCAAAGACCAAGAUAGCAGAAGCUCCUUGGAUUUUUUCACUGGAAUUUUUGGGCUGGAGAAGUCGAGGAUAACGGAGAUAGUUAAUCAAGCAAUGGAGGAGCUCAUAAAGAUGGCUACAGCUGGAGAACCCCUAUGGAUUCGUAGCGUUGAGACUGGUCGUGAAAUUCUCAAUUAUGAUGAAUACGUGAAAGAGUUCUCCGUUAAAAGUUCUAGCAAUGGUGGGCGGCCAAAAAGAUCCAUCGAGGCCUCUAGAGAGACUGGUGUUGUUUUUGUGGAUCUCCCAAGGCUGGUUCAAAGUUUCAUGGAUGUGAGUCAAUGGAAGGAAAUGUUUCCAUGUCUGAUCUCAAAGGCGGCGACCGUUGAUGUCAUCUCCAAUGGUGAAGGUCCUAAUGGAAUUAAUGGUGCCGUACAACUGAUGUUCGCAGAAUUGCAAAUGCUGACACCAAUGGUGCCAACUAGAGAAGUGUACUUCGUCAGAUAUUGCAAGCAACUGAGUGCUGAACAAUGGGCAAUUGUCGAUGUUUCCAUCGACAAAGUGGAGGAUAAUAUCGAUGCAUCCCUUGUGAAAUGUAGAAAACGCCCUUCUGGUUGCAUCAUCGAGGAUAAAUCGAAUGGCCAUUGCAAGGUGAUUUGGGUAGAACACGUGGAAUGCCAGAAAAACACAGUUCAUACAAUGUACCGCACCAUCGUUAACAGCGGUCUAGCUUUUGGUGCGCGGCAUUGGAUGGCAACACUGCAACUCCAAUGCGAACGACUUGUUUUCUUCAUGGCCACAAAUGUUCCCAUGAAGGAUUCAACUGGCGUAGCCACUCUGGCUGGGAGGAAAAGCAUUUUGAAGUUGGCGCAAAGGAUGACAUGGAGUUUUUGCCAUGCAAUUGGAGCAUCGAGCUUUCAUACAUGGACCAAGGUCUCAAGCAAGACAGGGGAGGACAUACGGGUGAGUUCCAGGAAGAACUUGAAUGAUCCUGGAGAACCUCAUGGGGUCAUCUUGUGUGCAGUUUCGUCUGUGUGGUUGCCUGUCUCUCCUCAGGUCCUGUUCGAUUUCUUAAGAGAUGAAGCUCGCCGAAAUGAGUGGGACAUAAUCUCCAAUGGAGGUCCAGCACAAUCCAUCGCAAACUUGGCUAAAGGGCAAGAUCGUGGCAAUGCAGUGACCAUCCAAGCAAUGAAAUCGAAAGAGAACAACAUGUGGAUCAUUCAAGAUAGCUGCACCAAUGCAUAUGAGUCCAUGGUGGUCUUUGCUCCUGUUGACAUUACCGGCAUGCAGUCGGUGAUGACAGGAUGCGACUCUAGCAAUAUCGCCAUAUUGUCUUCGGGUUUUUCUAUUCUUCCCGACGGCCUGGAAUCGAGGCCUCUAGUGAUUACUUCUAGGCAGGAGGAGAAGAGCACCGAAGCAGGAUCUUUGCUUACAAUAGCAUUCCAGAUCCUAACUAGUACUUCUACCACAGCUAAGCCUACGAUGGAGUCCGUGGAGUCUGUCAACUCUCUAAUAUCGUGUACCUUGAGAAGCAUUAAGACAAGCUUGCAGUGUGAGGAUGGUUGAUCACAUAGCUUCCUUCAUUAGAUAGACACUAAUUAAUUGUAAAAUUCAUAGUUUUUUUGUUCCUUUCCCAAUAUUCAGUUUAGCAAAUCAGUUUUUUUAUGUGAGUUUGCUUUGAUUUGUUUUUUGGUUAGAAUGGAGAGAGCAUAUCUGUAUUUGGCAUUCUUGAGAUUCCAAGGAAUGAAAUGUAAGGGAGAGAGGUGAACUAGAAUCUUUCUGGAUCUGUAUAGAAUUAUAAUUUGUCAAUGCCAUAUAUGUGGUUCUUAAAA